UUUUUGUUGUUAUUCAUGAACAUUAAUUCAACUUGCCUUUGUGUAACAGAAUUCACUACGAUGGCUGGAAGACGGCUGCGAGAUGCUGUGAGAACAGUGCUCACAAGUGGAGGUAGCAAAGAAUUUGAUGAAAAUGUUCAUGUAGUGAUAGCUGGGUUGACAAAUACAUACUCGCAAUAUAUAACAACCUUUGAGGAGUACCAGAUACAGAGAUAUGAGGGUGCUUCGACACUCUAUGGCCCACAUACUCUCUCUGCCUACAUUCAAGAGUUCAAGAAGCUUGCAGCAGCCCUUAUCAGUGGACUGUCUGUGCAAUCUGGUCCACAACCCCCAGACCUUUUAGACAAGCAAAUAAGCUUGCUAACACCAGUCGUGAUGGAUGCAACUCCUCUGGGUGUAAAGUUUGGUGAUGUCAGCAAAGAUGUACCCAAGAAUUCCACCUUUACUCGAGGUGAAAAUGUGACAGUUGUUUUCUGGUCAGCAUGCCCCAGAAAUGACCUGAUGACUGAAGGUACAUUCGCGUUGGUUGAGAUCCUUCAAGGGGAGGAUCGUUGGGUUCCAGCUUACGAUGACGAUGAUUUCUGCCUCCGCUUUAUAUGGUCAAGACCUUCU